AUGAAUACACCAAAACGAUUACUAUCAGGUUCUGAUGAUGUAUCUGAAUAUCCAAUAACAAGAAGACGAUCUAGAUCACCAAAUCAUAAUUUAACAACACCGAUCGAUGAUGAAAUUGAACAAGUGGCGAAAAGACACCAUGUACCGAGUGAUACUGUUAAACGUAUUAUCUCGGAUCUUUUAACUGAAUCGACAGUGAUCGACUAUCUUCGAACGCGAAUAAUUCACAAUGAAUCAUCUUUGGUUAAUAACGCAAUCUCAACAGCAGGAUCUGAUGAGUCUCUUCUUCCUUCUUCGAAUUAUUUCGAUGUAUCAUCUCAAGUCAAUUCUUCUUCGAAUAUGCUUUCCUCAGAUCAACAACAAAAUUUGUUACCAACAACUAUGGUCGAUGAGUAUGAUCCACUUUGGCUUGAGUUUCUUCAAUCAUUUAAUACAGUUGAUAAUAAUUCCAAUAUACAACAAAAUACAACACAAUCAAAUUUUACUUUCGAUUCAUUGUUUAGUGAAGAUGAUGAUGAUGAAGAAUUCAUUGGACCUGAUGAUGUAAAUAAUAUUGAAACUAUCGAUGAACGAAAACUACGAGUAUCAAGACGUGAAUUAGCGUUACUAUUAAAAGAUAGUACAGCAUCGCCAGAUAAUAAUAUAAAUACUUUUCCUGACGAAGAAAUUCUUCGUGGUGAUCAAUAUGAAUCUUUAUGGACAGAAUUUUUAGCUUCUCUUCAACCAGGAAACGAUCAACAACAAGAUAAACAACAAACAUCUCUGAUAACAACAACAGAAGAAGAUGAUAAUGAUGAUGAUCCUGAAUUUCAACUUGCCGAUACUGAAAAUGAUAUUGAGGAUGAUUAUGAAGAUGAGUUAUAUGUUUCAAGACGUGAAUUAGCGCUACUUUUGGAAGAUAAUGCUUCGAUCUUAAAUAAUGAAGAAUUUCCAAAUAGUAAUGAAUUUAUGAAUCCUGAAUCAGUUUCAUCGACUACAACUUCUUCUACGAUACCAAAAACACUUGAAUUUCGAAUCACAUCUGAACAAUGUGAUAUUCUACAAUAUCAAUUAACAGCUUAUAUUCAAUUAUUAACUCAAUAUAUCCUAUUGAAACGUGAAACCAAUUCAUUAUUAUCCGAUGAUGAGUCGGCUCAACAAUUAUUUAAAGACCUUAUUUUUUUUCGUGAUAAACAAUCGAAUUCAAUCUUGAAUAUACCUUUAUUGACUGAAGCUCAACAUUUAAUUGAAACUUCAGCACCACCUACUCGAAGAAAAGCUUUUGGUAAUCAUCUUUCAUUUUAUUUAAUGGACAGAUUUUGUAAAAGUUCGGCUUUUGUACAUGAUUCAUUAUUACCAACUUGUUUAUUAUCGUCCACAAAUUCCAAUAUUCCAACACUAUUGAAUGAACAAACAUCAAGAAAUUUUGUAUCCGGUGAAGACUGUUUAAUCGCACUUGGUCUCGAACAAAAUGAUGGGAAAAUGUUAAUUAUUGGUCAUAGCGAAAAGGCUAUUAAUGAUCGUCUUAACAGCCUUCGCUAUGGUCGAGUUCGACGUGGAAAACAAAAUGCAGUAAAAGCUUUCUUUACUUAUGGUUCUGUUCCUGAUAUUUCCUUAAGUCCUUGGUAUCAUGUUCCAAAUGAAUUUGAUAUAAAACACAUUUAUCCAAAUGGGCUCAUUGAUAAAAUCAAUGUUGUUUUUCCUUCAUGGUUUCGAAUGUCUUAUAAACGUUCAAGACAACUACUAAAAAGUACAAAUGAUUCUCUUAUUUCAUCAUCAACAACUACACCAACAAUUUCAAGAACCGAUGCAAAUGAUGAUCUCUCUCCAUCAACUGUUUAUGUUGUUGUUGAAGGUUCAUCGUCAAACUCUCGAACAACAACAUCACCUAAUAAAGUUUUACAACAAAUUCAUAUGUUACAUUUAUUAAAUUCUUAUCCGAAACUACAACCAAGACAACAAUAA